AUGGCUCCUCCUCCUUCCUCCAAGUCCCCUCCUCCUCCUCCCCCACCAACCCAUUUCACCCCUAUUCAAGAAUGUGAUAAAGAAGGGCAAGAAGACGGGGAUUGUACGGACAUAGGAGUGAAUUCUACCACUCCAAAGCACCACCACCCAACGCCUCCUCCUCAUCACAAAAACGGCAGACGCCAAAACACAAAGCGCUCCGACUCUGCAGAUUCAGUCACAGCGGAAGAAGCGGACGACGGGUCGGUUUCCUGCAACAAGUGUCGUCCAAACGCCAGGGAGAAGAUCUCCGUCGUUCCUCUGGACAACAAUGGGAUUCACAACAGAAACGCCUCGUCGUACAUGCCGAGCCCAAACGGCAUUCUCAAGUCGAUUUUGUCGUCGUUUACUCGGAAGAGCCCGAGAACGCCGACGGGGGCCUACACGACGGCGAGAGAGGAGCAGUGGAAGAUAGCGGUGGCGGAGCUCUCGCACAAGCUGGUUCACGCUACGAGGAAGAGAGACGAGGCUCAAUUGGAAGCCUCGAGGCUCAAAUACUCCAUGGCCGAGCUCGAGAAGAAGCUGAACAAGCUCGAAAUCUACUGCCACAAUUUGAAAUCUGGGCUUGACGAAUGUAGCGGCAGCAACAACUCGUCGCCGUACCAAUUGGGCAAGUCCCAAAUCAAUCGACGGCAUAGUUUUGGUGGAUUCAGCCCAAACGACGUCGUCGAGAAAGUGGUGUUGGAGAAUUUCUUGGUUUCGGUCUCGGAGGCCCGGAAUUCUAUCAGGGGUUUGAGCAGGUCGCUUACUAUGCAGCUCCGGCACAUGGGUUUCGGCAAAGUGUAUGAGAAAAUCUCCGGUCUUCUUCAACCUUACGACGUGAAGCUAUCGGGUUCGAAAAACCCAAGAAGCUUGCUUUUUUACCUGGAGGCUCUGCUGAACAGAGCCUUCUUCGACGAGUUUGAGUCAGCUGGGUUUCAGAAGAACUCGUCCAGCCAAAUCCUGAACCCAAUGGAGAGGUGCGAGGCGAACUACACGUCGUUUAGUGUGCUAAAGGGCUUGACUUGGGAUGAGGUUUUGAUCAAGGGGACGAAGCAUUUCAGCGAGGAGUUUAGUGGGUUUUGCGACAGGAAAAUGAGUGAGAUUGUGGCUAUGUUGGGCUGGAACAGGGCUUGGCCUGAGCCAUUGUUGCAGGCUUUCUUUGGGGCUUCAAAGAGCGUCUGGUUGGUGCACCUUUUGGCCAACUCGAUUCACCCGAGCUUGCCCAUCUACCGGAUCGAUAAAGGGGUCAGGUUCGACCCGGUUUACAUGGAGGACAUGGGCGGAGACAAGGCCGGGAAGCUGGUGCCGUCUGUGGUUAGGAUCAUGGUGGCGCCUGGGUUCUAUGUGUAUGGGAGUGUGGUCAAGUGCAAGGUGCUCUGCAGGUACAACAGCAGCAACAAGGAUUUGGUCCAGUCUCCAUCUUAA